AUGACAUCUUUAUCGAAGGUCAUCCACGAUGUGGAAUUCCAACAUUAUGCCUAUUCACCCACUGGCGAGUUAGGUACCAGACGAUUAUCAUCAUGUGUAGGUAUCAUCAUCGUUUUCGCUAAUCGCACUGUAUUGAUUGAGCACCGGUCGGCUAGUGAACUAUGGGAUGAAGGGGAAAGUUUUGAACCAAAAGAUUUAUUUGAAGAUAUUGUCGAUGACAUUAUUGCAAUGAAACAACAUCAUUUGAAUAUCAGUUGCGUUCUCAUUAUCGGUGGUUGCAGUGGUAACACACAGAAACAGGUUCAAGCUUCUUUGGUAAAAACUCGUGAAGAUUUUCUCAAUAAAAACAAACACGAAUCGAACUCAUCGAACGAUCUUUUGUUACAAAUUUAUCGUGCUACAAAGGUUUUGGAUGUAUGCCGGUCAAUCGAAGAAAAGGACGAAUAUCGUAAGAAUGAUCAAUUUAUCGAUGUAUUAAUCACACAUGGACGAAAUGAUAGUCUGUACCUUGUUCUUCGACAGUGUGUUCAUUUGUUCGACGAGAAUACCGAACAAAAAACAGCUAUUUGCUGCGGUUAUCUACAAUAUGAAUUGCCUGUCGAUCAUGAUCUAAGUAUGCAACAGGAUGGUUUCUCGCUAGCUGGCGCUCAGUUUUACGUUAACAAGGACAUCUUGGGACAAUAUGAAAAGGAAGAAAAAGAUUAUUCGAUUAUUCAUGAUACACUCAUGAAAUUCGAUGAAAAUGUACGAAAUCUAGGCGCUGUAUCGAUCAACACCAAUGCUAUCGGUUUCAUUAUUUCAAUUAACAGCAUGUUCAAUCAUCUGGUAACAUCGCUUCCCCCGGAUCAGAGCUGGGCAACUCAACUCAAAAAGGUGUUUAAUUCAAUUCAUUGA